AUGGCCUCUAUCAAUGUUAGCUGUGUUCCCAGAAACCCAGAGUUGUUGUGGCUACAAGCUGCAGAUGAACAUCGGUCAUACAACAUCUCCCAUGACCGUGCCCUCACAGAAGAGCCACGUUGCAGAAGAGGUGAUGAAGGGCUUAACAGAAAACUGCAAGAUGGUGUGCCCGACGAGGUUGCAUAUACAUGCCAACUUGAUCAUUCUUUGAUCAUCGCGUUGGCUGAGCGAUGGCGUCCGGAAACCAACACGUUUUACCUUCCUAUCGGUGAAGUGACUGUCACCUUGCAAGAUGUGCAGGUGAUAUGGGGUUUACCCAUACAGGGACCACCGGUGUGUGGUAAGUGGGUUACAGAGACCCGAAAUGUUGAAUAUUGGAAGAAUUUGUGUCAGGAGUAUCUGGGUAUUUACCCGGAAGAUGACGACUUGCGCAAAGGUCGGAUGAAAUUUAAUCGGUUGGCGGGUACGAUUACUUUUGAACAUUGGGACCCGAAUGAUGAGGAGCGUUGCAAACAAGUGGCUAGACGGGUUAUUCUAGCUCUUAUUGGUUCGCAGCUUUUUCCUGAUUCUAACAGCUAUGAUGUUAGUCUUAACUAUUGGUCGUUUCUGGGAGACCUGAGCAUAGCGGGUCGAAGGAGCUGGGGUUCAGCAACCCUUUGUUGUUUUAUUGGGCGUGGGAAAGAUUCCCACGCAUUGCCCCACGAGUCACGCCAUUCAAACUGGAUGACAGAGAAGAAGAAGAGGUGUAUGAAUACGGAAGUUGUUUAG